AUGAGUUUUGGUUUUAGCCCAGGUGACAUCUUCCUCUUCGCAAAUUUUGCGCGGAAGAUUAUUUCUUCCCUCAAAGAGAACGGCUCCACAUUCCAGUUCCAGCAGGCUGAAGAGCAAUGUGGAGCUUUUCUUUCUCUCAUAGAAGAAAUCGAAAAGCUCGAUCUUGCCAUCGUUCCUGAGUCAUUUCGGGAAAAAAUAUCUGAAAAUUCGACAAAUAUCCAAAGACUUGUCGAGAGGUUCAAAAAGAGCAUUGCGCAAUAUGAAAAGUCGAUGGGCAAGGAUUCCAGCCGAGGCUCAAUUCGCAGUGCUCCAAGAAAGGUCCAAUGGGCUCUCCUAGCCGCCGAGGACCUCGAAACGUUCAGGAAGGGUCUCGGAAGUUACGUUCAACUUGCUCAACUAACCAUACAGGCAAGCAUGCUCGCAAUUAUAGGCAAUCGUCCACAGUCACCGUCCAUGGCCGUAUCACCAUCGCAUAAUCAACUGCGCAAUGACGGCUCGUUUUACAGCAUUUCUCAAGUGCGAUAUUCCCCCAUAGCUCCUCCUUUUAUAGGAGGAUAUGAAUCCUAUCGCCAAGUUUAUGAUUUAACAAAUAUUGUUUAUAAACGACUCCUGACGAGACCGGCUAUACAGCUUCCUGGGAGGGUGAAUACGCUGCCGGAUGACUCAAACGAUAUUAUACUUUCUAUGCCAUUUGAUUCUAUGCAAAGAGAAAAUGGACCGCCUUCUACAUCUCAUUCAAGCGAACAGCAAUCCACAAAUCGACAUGAUCCUCUUGAGGUCCAAGGAACUAGCGCACUUUAUAAUGCCCAGCAAAGUUUAGCUGAUGACAUCGAUGAAUAUCUGACCUCGAUGAAGCUUGAUAAACUAUCCUGGGAGGAAAGAGUACACGUGGAGCAGAACGACCAAUUGCAUCCAUACCCUCCACCUUCUGUCCCUUUGCGACAAAGCACAAUGACUCAUAUGCUAGGACUUGGCAAUGUGGUCGACUCACUACAACCGGAUCGUAAUCAGAGCAGUAGCUCAGAUGAGCCUUGGUCUCGAUAUGACACCAAAGCUAAGGCUAGCAGAUUCCCGAGGCUGGAUCCGCUGUCCGGUGUAGCUAGUAUCUUAGGAUUCUACGCAUUAGCUGCUGAGCUAUCCUUGAAUUUGUCAAACAUUUUCCGUGAUACGAAUGGCGAGUGCAAAGAAGUGCGGCUUCUUUCACAGAGGUUAAGACAAUACUCGGAACUGCUGAGAUCGGCUUUGAGUGUCAUCACUGCCAUGUCAUUCAGUGAGGAACUACGGGCAGCAGGCACCUCAAUACUCCAUGAGAAUGAAUGUCUUAUGAAAGAAAUGGAUGCACUUCUGUCUAGAUAUGCCAGGAUCUACAAGUAUCAGCUGGUAAAAAAGCUCACAUGGAAUCUAGUGAAAAGGGAUAGUUUGAAUAUGGUGGAGCAGAUAGAUUUCCUCAAAUCUUCACUCUCACUCAUGCUACAGUUGUAUCAAGUCCAGAUGACUGAAAGUCAAAUUCAGAUGUCACGCCAGUCUCACCGGCCCGAGAAUUUAGCAUGA